AUAUAAGUCAGUGGAGUGGAAGUAGUCAGCAUUGCACGUUAGGCACUGUAUUCUCAGGGAAGUGCCUUAUCCAUGUACUCCAGUGGCAGCAUGAGGAGCAUGAAUUUGUUGGUAUGCGUGGUCGCCUUGUUCAGCAUAUGCACAGCCCGGCCGCAGUACAACCAACAUCAACAGGGGUUCCAGAAGCCGUUUGUCCCGAUUGUGGCUUACAACAAUGACGUCUCCCAUGAUGGCUCCUAUGCGUACAGUUACCAGACGGGAGAUGGCACUACUGCUCAGCAGACAGGCUACUUGAAGAAUCCUGGCAGUAGGGACCUGGAGGCUCAGACUGUACAAGGUUCGUACUCAUAUACGUCACCUGAGGGUACACCAAUUACAGUCACUUACACAGCCGAUGAGAAUGGAUUCCGCGCACAAGGCGCACAUCUGCCGGUGGCGCCGCCUAUACCUGACGCGAUCCUCAAAUCGUUGGACUUGAUCUCCAGGACACAGCCAGGCGCAAGCGCAAACUUGGGGGUAUACGCGCAACAAGGGUACAAUCGACAACAAUAUCGAUACUGAGUUAAACUCGUUCUCUGCUUGUGGAUAUUCUAUAGUAUAAUAUGGAGUAACUCUUUGGUCUCAUUCUUGGUUUAUAUCAAGACACCUUUUCAACUUCAUAAGUUAUGUAGCGUGAACGGCAGAAACAUAUGUAGGCGAUGAAUUCUGAAGGAUAUUAGAGGCUUCCUUAACCUAUUUUAUCCUGACGUCUGUCUAACAAGGCUGACAGAAACCACCACAACUCUUACAGAUGUUAUCGCAGCCCUGUUGACAUUCUAAUAAAAAAUUUACAUCGUGAUCUUUUCUAUUUUAGGUGUUGGUAGCCCUGUUCAAAAUAACUCUAUAUUCUAUUUUCACGCAAAAAAAAAACACAACAAUACAUAUUCCAACAAUAGGCAAAAUAUAAAUUCAGUUGCUUAGAAAGGAACUGAUAGAUGCGUUAUAAGCUCAAAUUACAUUUAAAAUGAAUAAACCUGAGGUUUCUUCCUACAACUGAACGAUAUUUGUGGAGCAGAUGUGAGUGUAACAUAAUUUCCUGCGAAGUACAUACGUUCUAGGGGCCAGUACUUAUUACGUCUGACAUUAAUAUUAUAGUAAAAAUCAGAAUAUUGUCUGGUGACUAUUACAAACAUAAGUAUUAGUACCACUGUGAACAUACGGCUUCAUUCUUUAUGUUUUACACACUAUUAUUGUGUUCAAAGUUACUGAAAAAUGGAUGUAUGUAUGUUGUGUGUGUAAGCAGAAUUUGUCAGAGAACUUCUUGGUAUACAAAUUAAAAACGAAAGUUUGAAGAAAAUAAAGCACAAAAAUCUAGGAAGGCUACAUAUGGCUUUACACACAUACAUUUAGAACCUACAACUAAUACCAUUUCAAAAUAAGUAAUGUUCUGCAUUAAUACAGAGAAAAAUACAAGUGCUAAUCAGAA